AGCAGACCAUCCAUGUGGGGCUUAUUUGGCCGAGGUUUUUAACAGUAGAAGCGCGGCUAUCGCCGGUCUCGGUCGCGGAUUUUCCUGCGUCAUUGAACGGAGCUUCAAUUAAGGUUAGCCGAAGCAUUGAAUCCGACAAGAGACAUAAGCUCGGUUACUUGGUUACUUAGACUUUCACUUCUCCUUUCGCUUUUUUAUAGACAGCCAGCAAAGCUGCGAACUCGCCAUGUCAGCAUUACGCAUUCUUGUGCCCGUAAAGCGGGUAAUUGACUAUGCGGUCAAACCCCGUGUCAACAAGGCGCAGACGGGCGUCGAAACGGCCGGCGUCAAGCACUCGAUGAACCCGUUCGACGAGCUUUCGGUCGAGGAGUCGGUGCGGAUCCGCGAGAAGAAAUCGGCGCCGGGCGGCGUCGAAGACAUCUGCGUGAUCUCGGCGGGCCCCCCGAAGGCCGCGGAUGUGCUGCGCACGGCGAUGGCGAUGGGCGCGGACCGUGGCAUCCACGUAGACGUCAAGGAGGGCGAAGACCUAGAGCCGCUCAGCGUAGCCAAGCUGCUCAAGGCCGUUGUCGACAAAGAGAAGAGCAACCUGGUCAUCCUCGGCAAGCAGAGCAUCGACGACGACGCGGCACAGACGGGGCAGAUGUUGGCGGGAUUGCUGGGCUGGCCCCAGGCUACGCAGGCUAGCAAGGUCACGUUUGGCGCGGGCGAUACGGUCGAGGUUACGAAGGAGGUUGACGGCGGCGCGGAGACGGUACGCGCAAAAUUACCGAUGGUUAUCACGACGGAUUUGCGCCUUAAUGAGCCCCGCUAUGCGAGCUUGCCGAAUAUCAUGAAGGCGAAGAAGAAGCCGCUUGUCAAGAUGAGCUUGAGUGAUUUAGGCAUUGCGAAUGAGAGACGACUUAAGAUUGUUAAAGUUACAGAACCACCGCCGAGAGAAGGUGGCGGCAAGGUUGAGGAUGUGGAUGGGUUGAUUUCGAAGUUGAAGGAGCUGGGAGCGAUAUAACGAACGAAUAGAGAGAAUUGCUUUAAAACUAGUCAAUCUUCAUACAUAUGGGCCACGGUGAAGCUUAAACGUAGAUAUGGGAUAUUUUAUUUCUACGACGAAUGAAGCUAGCUAUACGG